CUUUUGUCAGGCGUGAACAAGACAAACUUCUGCCAUGGCACUGGUCAUGGAGCCUGUGAGCAAGUGGAGCUCCAGUCAAGUGGUGGACUGGAUGAAAGGGCUGGAUGAUUGCCUGCAGCAGUACAUCAAGACCUUUGAGAGGGAGAAGGUUGGGGGCGACCAGCUGCUGCGAAUCACCCACCAGGAGCUGGAGGACCUGGGGGUGUCCAGGAUCGGUCAUCAGGAGCUCAUACUGGAGGCCGUGGACUUGCUCUGUGCUCUGAAUUACGGAUUGGAGACGGAGAAUCUGAAGACGCUGUCUCACAAGCUCCACGCGUCUGCCAAAAACCUGCAGAACUUCAUCACAGGGAGGCGUCGCAGCGGGCAUUACGAUGGCCGCGCCACCCGCAAGUUGCCCAACGACUUCCUUACCUCCGUGGUGGAUCUCAUCGCCGCUGCCAAAAGCCUCCUGGCGUGGCUGGAUAGAUCUCCAUUUGCUGCAGUGGCAGACUACUCCAUAACACGCAACAAUGUGAUCCAGCUGUGUCUGGAGCUCACCACAAUUGUACAACAGGACUGCUCUGUGUACGAGACAGAGAACAAAAUCCUGCAUGUGUGUAAGACUUUGUCUGGAGUGUGCGACCACAUCAUUUCUCUGUCCUCGGAUCCCAUGGUGUCCCAGGCUGCCCAUUUGGAGGUUGUCCAGCUAGCCAACAUAAAAUCCACGGAGGGAUUGGGCAUGUACAUCAAAUCAACAUAUGAUGGUUUGCAUGUAAUCACUGGAACCACGGAGGGAUCCCUGGCUGACCGCUGUAAGAAAAUCCAUGCUGGCGAUGAAGUCAUCCAAGUCAAUCAUCAGACGGUGGUGGGCUGGCAGUUGAAGAACUUGGUGAACUCGUUGCGUGGGGACCCUGCAGGCGUUACUCUGACACUGAAGAAACGCCCACAGAGCACACUCACCUCAACUCCUGCCCUUCUCAAGAAUAUGAGAUGGAAGCCCUUGGCUCUGCAACCAAUCUUCCCUCAGAGUCCUGGCAGUAGUGUGGCCACGCCCACUAGCACCCUAAGCACUCCAUCUCGGAGGGACAGCAGUGCCCUCCAGGACCUCUACAUCCCCCCUCCACCGACAGAGCCCUACACACCCAGAGAUGAAAAGGGAAAUCUGCCGGGGGACGACCUCCAGUCUGACGCACAAGUCGCCAAGGGCUCCGAGUCUCCAAACUCCUACCUGGAUCAGGAGUGUCGGCGGCGCUUCCCUCUGGUGGAGGAGGACGCCAUAUUGUACUGUUACGAGUACGAUCAGAACCACGGGGUUUCACCGGUCCGCAGGGGCAGCACUCCCACCUAUGGCAGGCUGAGGCCCAUCUCGAUGCCGGUGGAAUACAACUGGGUGGGAGACAAUGAGGACCCGGCCAAGCUGAAGAGAGAGAGCAGGAGAGAGAACUCCCUGCUGCGCUACACGAGUGAAGACAAAACCCCGGGGGAGGAGUACCUGCUGGGACGCAGCCUGAGCCAGAACAGGAAGAAGAGCGAGAAAGGAGGAAGUCCCGUCCAUUACACGCUCGUCCCUGCCCUCCAGAUGGAAGUCUCCCUGUCUCCAUCCAGCUCUGACUCGGCCUCCCUCUACCAUGUGUUUGAACGAUCCUCAAUGCUCAAAAGGUCAAAGAAGAGCAAAGCUGGAAGCCCCAUGUCUUCAAUCAGUAAGCGGCGCAUUUCCUGCAAGGAUUUGGGUCAGGGGGACUGUGAGGGCUGGCUGUGGAAAAAGAAGGAUGCGAAAAGCUAUUUUUCCCAGAAAUGGAAGAAAUACUGGUUCAUCCUUAAAGACACCUGCUUGUACUGGUACAUGAAUGAGGAGGAUGAGAAGGCAGAAGGCUUUGUAAGCCUCCCGGAGUUCAAGAUUGAUCGUGCCACUGAAUGCAAAAGGAAGUUUGCUUUCAAGGCCUGUCAUCCGAAGAUAAAGAGUUUCUACUUUGCAGCGGACAAUGUUGACGACAUGUCCCGGUGGCUGAGUCGUCUCAGCAUGGCGGUGGCAGGCUACUCCGAGCAGGAGAAAUUGCGUCAGGAACAAGAUUACUGGAGUGAGAGUGAUCAUGAGGAUGUGGAGUUGCCUUCAGUGCCGAAACAGGACAGUCCACCACCGCCUUAUGACACCUACCCCAGACCGUCCUCAGUGAGUCCCUACCUGGAACCAAAACAUGUCCAUCUCUCCUCCUCUGACACCUUCCAGUCGCGCUCCUCUCAUGAGGAGUACCACUCUGAGCCUCAGGACGGCGGCAACAACAACGGCAUCUCCCCUGGGAAGAACUCAAGCAGUCGGCACAACUCGUGGCAGGACCUGAUCGAGACACCCUUGGGCAAUGCAAGGUUGCACUACCUCCAGACGCUGCCAGUAGAGGGCUCCCUGCUACAUGAGGACAGAGCGCAGCUGGCUAUGGAGUACCGCAGGCAGUCCACCCUGCCGGCACAGCGCAGCCUGCUGCAAGAGCAGUACGGGCCCCUGCCUGUGCCGAUCAACCCCAACAUCACCGUGGAGGCCGGAGGGAAACCCCGCAGCUUCACGCUCCCUCGGGACAGUGGGCUCCACGCCGUCCUGGCAGCCGCUGCGGAUGCUUCAGAUCACAGAGAGCCCCAACAUUACCAGCUGGAGCUGGACAGAGACAUGGGUUGUGAGCGGGACAGGAGGCUUCAGGCCGACUCUCUGGGCGAUUUGUACCGGGCCCUGGAGCGGACCAGUCUGUCCACCAUGGAGGACCACAGACCAGCCACCCGCCUGGAGUAUAAGCGCUCAUUCGUCCGCCGAGUCAACGACCCGCUGCUCAGUGAAAAGCUUCACCGCCUGCGGAUCCUUCAUAAUACACUUAAGAAUGUCCCUCUUCAAGAUGCAGACCCAUCAUUGGGUUUUUUAGGCUAGCCUGUGAUAAUCAGGGUGUAGAUAAAGGCUGAAACGAAUGGCCGCUGCCUGUGCCUCACCCAGCCACUUCCCAGGGACCAGAGGCACCACAAACCUUCUCCUACCUGCUCGGCUCUCCAACUGCUCCCACCUCGCUGCUCCUUCAACCUCGUCCUCUCCACAGGAGUACAGGGACUCUGCGUCCUUCUCUUUCUGUUGCAAAGCUGAGCGCUAUUCUGGAUGUCAUUGAAAGAUGUCUCGCUAGAUAAAAGUAAUCUAAAACAAGCUGUACACUCUCUGCAUAUUGCGGCUGGCAGACACACACUUGCGUCCAUCUAAAAGACUUUGUUGGAGAGCUCUGUAACUCACUGCUCACAUGCAUGGCCAUUUCCCUUUGCUUCUGUAAAGCAUCGCUGAAUUGUUCUGAGGAUUAUACCGGAGUGUGCAGCCUCAUGCUGAGUCUCGAAGGUGGUAAAGGACUGUGUGUUAUUUAGAAUGAGGGGUCACUGGAGGAUUUUAGAGUAAAUAAAAAGCUGCGAGCCUCCCCCCCACCGAAAUAUAUUUUUCCUUUACCCUACCCAAGUGAUUGAAAAAAACACAGAUUGAAACUCCCCCACCAAACAUUGCAGUAUUUUCACUGGUGAAACAAUGUUCAGUUUAUAAUCAGUGCCAUAUUUUUGUUCUUUUUCUUCAUCCUCAACUAGAUGAAAAAAAAAGCUCUGUAUUGCUGCUGCCUCAUCGUUGAGUAUAAUGAAUUGUUUUCCUGAGUUCCUCGAGUUUAACAAGGCAAUUCAAUCUGAAUAUGUUGUUGCUCGAAAUAAAAUAAAAACAAAACAGUUCAUACGCAAAGUUAAUAUCAAGCUGUCCAUGCGGCCUGUGGCUGGCUCCUCUCGUUUGAGUCCCCUCAGUUUGUUGUCCUCCUUUUCCUCCAAGCAAUUUCUGAUUUUAAUAAGACUAUCUUCAGCAGAGAGAAACUGCAGUGAAACCAUUAAUUUCAUUGUGUGUAUAGCUGUUUUUACUGACAUUUGCCCUCUCGUCAUUGUGCACGGCCAUGUCUGUUAUUGUUUAUUAUGCAACAGGUAGUUCCGGUGGCGCAAACUGAUUGGAUGUGAGGCGUUCCACAGUGCUGAUAUAUAGUGUAUCAGCACACCGGCGUUUUACUAUUAUGUAUCACUCUGCUCCACUUUUUUUUUAACAACAUGAUUAAUAUAGGACACAGUAACAAGAAUUAUUUCCAAUUCCCAUAGUUUCAUUAGAAAACUGACCCACCCACCCUCUACAUAUAGGACCUAAUCAGCUACAAUUGGAUGGAUAAACAGGAUGGGCUAAAAUUUCAUAACAACUAUAGAUGAUGAGUCCCACAUCACUAAAUAGGAAGGUGAAUGUCAGGGGACCUAGUGGCUCGACUCUCUUGAAGGGCCCAAGUUAUGCUCUAUAUAUAGAUGGUUAGUCUAGGAAGCAACGGGUAAAACUUGUUGUUCGCUUCUAAUAAGGUUACGAUAAAGUUAUUUCAGUGUGUGGUGAUUAACUUUUGUCUUUACUGAGAUGUUCCUGUGACCGACCAGCAGCUGAUUGAAAACAUUGGCUAUGCACGGGGAGUCCUGCUUACCGUGUAGUCCCGUGUUUUAUGACUGUGCCAAUAAAACAGUGACAAACCUAUGCUUGUUGGCUACUGUUAGCUUCGCUGGUUCAAGAUAGUCUUGUUUCUGUUUGCUUAUUACACUAAUUCGUUUAUUAAGCUAAUUGCAACAACGUUCCUGCGUCUGAUUUGCUAAGCACAUGAAAGCAAUGCUGUUUUUAGUUAACAGGGUCACGUUUCACUGUUUGAUUGAAGGUUUUAUCGGAUGAAAUUUCUGUUGCACAUGCACAGU